UGUCCGUGUUUACAGCAAGUUAGCAUAGUGGAGAUGAUCCUCAUUCGUUUGCUUUCGUUUUUGUAAACAACAACUCGACCUUUUAUUCUACUCGCUUGAAUUAAUAAGUGUUAUAAAGCGCCGUAUGGUGGUUUGGACGCGGUCCGGGCUACAGAGCGAGACGGAGCAAUGGCCAGCUAGCAAGGAAACUAACGAGGCUUGGCUAACGUCUUCCCCGUUCCCAGUGGAGUCCAGCAGGUGUGGUGCAGUGGAAGGUGAGUGGCCAUGGGCGCCGAGAGCAGCGCCGUGCGCAGCUGCACGCUGGAGGAACCCCUCCUGAGCCUGCCCUUCGGUCUCACCAUGUUCUCGGCGGUGCUCCAGGACGGAAAGGUUGCUUCCGUGUUUGUUCACAAGCGCGGCAAUGAAGAUAAGGUCAAUAAAGCGGCUAAGCACCUGAAGACCCUGAGGCACCCGUGCCUGUUGCGCUUCCUGUCCUGCUCAGUGCAGGACGGCAGCGUCCACCUGGUGACGGAGCGCGUCAAGCCUCUGGAGUUGGUGCUGGACAGCCUGUCCCCCGAAGAGAUCUGUGCGGGAAUCUACGACCUCUUGCAGGCAAUCGUCUUUCUGCACGAGAGAGGUAAAUCAAGCCACAACAACGUGUGCAUCUCGUCUGUAUUUGUCAGUGAAGAUGGACAUUGGAAAUUAGGAGGGAUGGAGACAGUCUGCAAGUUCUCUGAAGCAACUCCAGAGUUUCUUGUGAGCAUUCAGAGCGUGAGAGAUGCCAGCUGUGUUCCUCCAGAGGAGCAGGUAGAGGGCUUUAAAAUGCUUCCAGAUAAACACGCCCACUCCCGAGACUGUUACUCUUUUGGCUCCAUGCUCGAGGCUCUCCUGCCUCUGUUGAAUGGUUACGUGUCGCAGGAGCUGUCCGACAGUCUGAAAAAGACGCUGCAGGCGGGCCCGCUGAACUCUGACCCCUCUCGUCGGCCUUACCUCAGCUCCCUGCUGAGUCAUGAUUUUUUCAGGAACGACUUUCUGGAAGUGAUGAACUUUCUGACCAGCCUCACGCUCAAGACGGAGGAAGAAAAAAAUGAGUUCUUCAAAUUCCUUCUUGACAGAGUCCAGAGCCUCCCCGAGGAACUGACCGCUGCACGUCUCGUCCCCAAACUCCUCAACUCCCUGGUGUUUGCCGAGCCGACGGCCGUCAAAAGCUUCUUGCCACAUCUCCUUAAGCCAAAGAAAGGUUGCAGUAGCGGCGAUGAAUGCCUGCUGUCUGUGGCCCUUUACCGCAAGCACGUCAUCCCACAGCUGCUCAAGCUCUUCAAAGUCAACGAGGAACACGUGCGGAUGGUGCUGUUAACGCACAUCCACAUCUACGCUCAGUUCUUCUCCCAUGAGGAGCUGAAGAUUCAGAUCCUACCUCAGGUUUUGCUUGGAAUGAGAGACACCAACGACGCUCUGGUUGCCAUGACGCUGCAGAGUCUGGCCGUGUUGGUGCCAUUGCUAGGGGCUCAGGUGGUGGUCGGAGGAGAGAGAACCAAGGUCUUUAAACGCACCACUCCCAAGUUCACCAGGUCGGCAGAGGCCACGCCGGAAACGUCACCCGUCCACAUCAUUGGAGGCUCCUAUCCUCAGAUAGAGCAGCCUUCCAAGGUUUUGAAUUUGUUCCCCAGACCGCCGGAAGACCUCCUUCAGGGCAAUGCGAGGCGAUUUUGGGGGAAAAGCGAGAGUUCAAGAAACUACAGGCUGGAGCCGACAUCAGGCAUCAGUAAACCGACGUCCCUGCCCUUAAAUGGCUUCCGUCAGCUCGGUGACACGGACACUUCCAGCCCCGAAGAGGCAGCACACUCGCCCAAAGGCCGCGGGGAGGACUGGCCCGACUGGAGCGAUCCAGACGACGGCGAGGACCGAAAGAGCCAGCCGGUCCGGAUCCUCAUCGAGGCCUCGGAUCCGGCCAGCAGAACGUGCCAGGCUGUAGGAGAAGCUGAAGAAGAGCCUUGGGAUGACUUUGAGGAGGAAACUGAAGCCACCAGCGAUGCCUCCCCUGCAGCUGCAGCUGCAGUUGUAUUCACCACGCCUGCUGGAAAACAAACCGCCGAGCCACUAAGACUGGGAUUUUCCAAACCCCUGAAACUGAUCUCAAUGGCACGACCGGCCAAUCGACCGCCAAUGGACCCCAAGCCCGCUGGGACGCAGAACCGCGGGGUCGGAGAUCUCGGGGAGGAGUUCACCAUCAAGGUAAAGAAGAAGCAGCAGCAACAGGAAGUAGACCCAGAGCUGGAUUUGUUUGCGGACAUGGUGCCGGAGAUCAAGAUGUCCUCGCCGGCUCUGCUCACACUUAAUAGCGCGGGUGGCGACGCGGGACUGACGUCAAACAACUCUGCUGUCGACACGACGACAACAAUGCUGUCUGCCAAGUUUGCUGCCGCCAGCGUGACUGAGGCUGAAGCAGACGGUUGGGACGAUGGGGACGACCUCAACUGGGAGGACGACAACGGCUGGGGAUGACAUUUAUCCGGAACCAAUGAUGGCACACUUCCCUGCCCUCCCAAAAAAGAAACACUUAUGAUGUACCAACUCAGAUUAUUAUUUUUUUGACUCAAGAACAAUGACUUGCCUGCUUGUUCAUUCAGCUGGAAGGAAUCAAUGCUGAUCAGGCAGGUGGGGGAUGUAAAUGAAGCCAUUUUUAAUUGCUUGCCAACUGACAAGAAUGAUGAUGACGGAACAUACGAGGUGAAAAAAAAUGGUGUUAUGUGCCAACUUUGCUAAGGGUAAAAGGGUUUGAUGCCCAGAAGGCCUGUUGCACUUUGAAUGAAUGUGAAGGGCAUUAGAUUAAUUUAUUAGUGGCUUUUUGGAGGGGUUGCUAGUGAAAUAAAGAGUUACCUGUACAGAAA